GUAAGUCUCAAGGCUGACUAGACUUAAACUGACGGAGUAAAUAUCUGUUUCCUAGCUUUGUGCACCAAAAUAAACAGUCUAUUUACUGAGUAUUGCAUUUGUUUUGCUGCAGUAGCAAUAAGUGCAUGGACUAAUGGCGGAUACUGCACAACGCAAGGAAGGACUUGUGACGGUGGAGUUGAAUAAAACUAUAUGGGAGGUGCCCAGCCGAUACACCAUACAAAAUCCUGUUGGAAUCGGGGCAUACGGCCAAGUCGUCUCUGCACUUGACAGACAUACUAAUAUGAAAGUAGCAAUUAAAAAAUUGGCUCGGCCUUUCCAAACAGCUAUUCAUGCUAAAAGAACAUACAGAGAACUUCGUAUGUUAAGGCAUAUGAAGCAUGAAAAUGUGAUUGACCUGAUAGAUUGCUUUACUCCAACAGUAACCUUGGAAGACUUUACAGAUGUAUAUAUGGUGACCCCAUUAAUGGGAGCAGAUCUCAAUAAUAUACUUAAAACACAGCGAUUAAGUGAUGACCAUGUACAAUUUCUCAUUUAUCAAAUUCUCAGAGGAUUAAAGUAUAUUCAUUCAGCUGGAAUUUUGCAUAGGGAUCUUAAACCUAGUAAUAUUGCUGUUAAUGAGGAUUGUGAAUUAAAGAUUCUUGAUUUUGGUCUUGCACGACACACAGAUGAAGAGAUGACAGGAUAUGUUGCUACAAGGUGGUACAGAGCACCUGAGAUCAUGCUCAACUGGAUGCACUACAACCAGACAGUGGAUAUAUGGUCUGUCGGCUGUAUCAUGGCAGAAAUGUUGAUGGGCAGGCCCUUAUUUCCUGGCACUGAUCACAUUGAUCAGUUGACUCGAAUCUUAAAUUUAGUAGGCACACCUAGUGAUGAACUGAUGAAAGAAAUUAAGAGCAAUGAUGCCAGGAUGUUUAUUAAGUCAUUACCUGUGAUGAAACCAAAAGAUUUUAAACAAGUCUUUACUGGGGCAAAUCCUCUUGCCAUAGAUUUAAUGGAGAAAAUGUUAGAUUUAAAUACAAAAACAAGAUUAGAUGCAACCCAAGCCCUAGCCCAUGAGUACCUCAAGCAAUAUGCAGACCCUAAUGAUGAGCCUAUUUCUGAAAAAUAUGAUCAAUCGUUUGAAGAUUUGGACCUGGGCAUUAGUGAGUGGAAAAGGCUGGUCUUUGAUGAGAUUGACAACUUUACAUCAACACACAUGUCAUAGCAUUUAACAAGUUGUAUCAUCCUAAUAUUUAGUUGAUUCAAUAGCAACAGUACUUUCUACACUGGAGCACCAUCUGACCAACAUCACUAGCUGACUCAAAUAGUUUCUACCAGAAAAAACAUUGGGUGACUAGUUUUGAUGUUUGUUGUUAAUGUCAUUUCUUCUUGUCAGAUGAUGGUUCUUGCUGUUAAACUAGAUAAAGUUAUCAAAAGUAGAAAUAGUGAAUUUGCUAAACUCAAAGUUGAUAAUGUACUUCAAUACUAAUAUAUAAUUACAUUUUUUUGCCAAAUGAGGUGUAUUCUUUGUAGUUGCUUAGACUUGCAAAGAGUUGCCAUUUUAUAUAACAUUCAUUUUAAACAUGUUACAACAAAAAUAUUUUUCUAUUUGUGUAGUAUAAUAGUUUAUACAUCUGACUAUACAAUUUUGUGUAUGUAAGUUUGAGAAAUAGGCGUCGGUCAUUGCAUUCAGCUGGUAUGGUUAUGCCUUUGUUGUAAAACAAUUACUAUUGUGUAUAUCUGUUUUAUGUUCUACUAUGAAUAUAUAAUUAUAUCAGAUUCAAAAAGUAGGAAGAAAAAUAUUUUUAUAUAAGUAUAAAAAUGUUUUAUUUUAUUUAGAACUUUUAAAAUAACAGUCUACUUCAAAAAGCAUUGGUAGUAAGUGGAUUAUAACGGUGUAAAAUGUUCUUGGAUGGUCAAAUUAAAUUGUAUUGUUCAAUAUUUACAUUGAAUUUAUGUAUUGUAUGUUAAGUUGCCAAAUUAAUAUUCACUGCUUAUGUUUGACUUAGUAUUAGUAUUUAAACCACAGCUUCUUUAUGUUUCGUACAAUACCUGUGUUUAUAUUAUCAUAAGGCAAGGCAGGAAAUUGCUAAUUUUAUCUGCUUUAUUUACAUAUCUAAUUGUGAGCAACAACAUAGUCAGCAGCACAGAUAUAGUUAGUGUACUUGUGCUCAGUGGUAAGUUGUAAGCUAAGGAAUAUUAACUAAAGCUAAUCCUUCUAAGUUGAUACCGGUAUUUUCACUCAUAUAGGGGAUCACUUCAGUUUCCAUGUUUUAUUCCUUUUUUUUUUUAAAAUAAUGUUAUCUAUUCAUUAAAAGAAUUUUCUGCAUUUUAUGUUAUUCAAUUUUACUCACAUAUUCUUUUUUAGUUUUUGAUACUUUCAAUUACAGGAAAUUUUUUUUGUUAUUGUAUGGUAUUGUUUUAAAACAAUACAAUAAAAAUAAAAUAAUUUAGUAGAUGCUUUAUAAAAAAUAGCGGGCUAAGACACAUUUUUACUAAAUGGAGACUUUGAUACAUUUAAGCUUUAUUUAUGUAACAUAUUUAUAUUAUGACUAAUCAUCUCUGUACCUCACACAUUGUAUGGUAUGUUGGCAUUUGGUAACACAUUUUAAUCUUGAUGGUUGGCUGCAAGUAUAUAGCUGAAUCACAAAUACCUUAAGUGUAAACAUUUCAUUUGUGAUAUUUUGCUAGACUAGUUAGCCAUGUGCAGGGUGUGCAUUUAGUCUGUAUAUUAUCCAGUGGUCACUAAAUGCAAUGUUUGUGGCACCUAUCAUCUGUGUAACACAAGACGGAAUGCUGGAAUAUUUGAAAUACCAGAAAGACUUGUUUUGAUGUCCACAGGAACCAAACUGGCAUGUUUAUUCCAUUAAAUGCACACCCUGUAAUAUAAAUAUUCCAUGAUAUGCAUAUAAAAAAAUUACAGUGUUAAAAGUCGUGAAAACUAUGCCAGUAGCUGUAACUAGGCUUAAUCUUUAAAUGCAGCCAGCACUUAACUUUAAAUGUGAUGACAUAAAACAUUUACUGGUUCUGUUAUUAUGUGAAUGCAAAUGUUUAAAACUAGAAAAUUAGAUCACUGAUUUGUGAAUGGUAAAUAGUAGUUAAUGGGAACUAAUAAUGUUUGAAUGUGAAACAAAUGAAAUGUAACCUAUCAUUGAACAAGUCUUUUAUUCUAUUUUUUUUCUUUAUGUAAUAAACGUGAGUCAUUUAGCCCUUGGCAUGCCAUUGGUUCUCAGAGACUUGUGUGUUAACAUUUUCUGAUUCUUCUGUAAUAAAACAAAAUUUCCAACACUUCAUGUAGCGUUACUUACAGUUCAGUAAUCUGUGAAACAUGGGAUGUUAAAAUCAUGUGUUGCUUUAUUUUUGUUGUUACUGUAGCAACUAUAAUUUUUUAGGGCUAAUAAAUAAAAAUAUUCUGAGGUUAUGUACUAAGAAAAUAUUGCUUUAGAUAAUUACCAUCAUCAUUAUUCUUUAAAAGUUAACUUUUUUUUCAAAUUUAAAGCCUGUUGAUAGGAAACUUAAAAAUAUUCACCUAUUGUGCCUAUUGAAUCCAUACAUUUGCCUUAAAUGUUUCUUUUCUCAUUUCUAAUUCACAGUUGAAUAGGUUAGAUUAAUAAUUUAAAAUUAUUAGGCUUAUAAACACCCAAAGCAAGAAAUUUGUUUUUAGACUAGUUAGAAAUGAAAUUUAAAACCUAUUUUAUUUUAAAUAUAAAUUGACCUGUUAAAUUACAGAUUAAAAUGUAUUUUUAUAAAAUAUCUAGAACUAAUACUAUUAUUAAACAAUAAAGUAUUUAUUUUGCAUGAAGUAAUAUUUUUGGCUGCAUUGCUAGUCAGUGUUAAUUUACUUUUAUUUUUAUGGAUGUACUCCAGUACAGUGCUGAAUGAAUCAGAAAAUUGUUUAAUCAAAACUUAAAGAUUUGGUUUACUUUUUAAAAAAAUGUUUGUUUAGAAAUUCAGUGCAAAUUAUAAUUUAAAUGUUAUGUUAAAAAUGAUUUUGUAUCUACUCUUUCUUUAUUUUAAAUCUACUUAAAAUAUGAGAAAUCAGAAUGUAAAAACAAAAACCAAACACUUUUUUGUUUUCCUUUUCUCUAAACAUUGUUUAUUCUGGUCAUGUUUGAAGACAGAUUGAUAUUGUACUUUCUGUAUCAAACUCUGUUAUACACAGAGGACCAUUGUACUCAGCAUAGGGUAUUGUUAUAAACUGUAUCAAACAACAUAACUAGAGCAUCUAUGUAACCAGCCAUUUUUUUUCUUAAUUUAACAUUUCACAUUAGUUUGGAUGAAUUUUUUUUUAGUAUUUAGAUAUUAAUACCUUAUAUGGACUAAAAAAUGUAUGAAAAUUUGAUAAGUGAUCCUGUAACUAGCAUAAUAACUGUGAUAUGCAGAUUGACAAACUACAAUUUUUUAAAUUUUUGCUCAGCUUAGCUGUUUGUGACCCUCUACUGUAGUUUGAAUACUUGUACACUUUUGGGUCGUUUAGAAUUGAGGUUUUUCUACUGAAAGCAUUGUGUAAGUUGAUUAAAAUUGGGAAAACAAAAAAAAAAUUUUUUUUUUUGGUAUUAUCUUGAGUUAGGACCUUUAUAAUGUAGUCUUGCUGAAAUAGUUACUUUAAUGAAUUUUUCAAUUUAGAACUUAAAAUCUGUGGGUUUUUUAAAAAGAUGACAUAAAUAAUUUAGAAUUGUUUGCUUAAACUAUAUAUUUUUAAAAUGGAAAUAACAAACAACCACCCUCUUUAUACAAUUUUGGCUAUUUCUCCAAAUACCCAGAUUUGAAACAAGUCAUUCCAUGGUAGAGGGUCAAAAUAAGCUAAAAAUUUUACUCAUAGAUGAACAUGACCCAAGCUUUUAAUGAACCGGCAAAGUAAUAAUUUUAGUCCAUUUAGGGUGUGUUUAUCAACAAAGUGUGUUAUAUAGUAACCAAGUUUUUGAGCUGUAUAUCUUUUGCAUGGCCUGUACUGUUAAUUGCCCUGGAUUUCUGGUUUUAUUGUGUAUUUAUAAACUUGUAUCAUUGUCUAAGAUAACACCCACUUUGCAAUACUGACAGUUUCUAUUGCUAUGAUUCUUUUAUAACCUAUAUAUUAUGGUAAACUGAUGUUUAAGUACAAUACUUUCUCAGAACAUGGCUGGCAAUGUUUCAUUUCAUUAGUUGUAUAUUUACCAUGUUUACGUGCUAGAAAGAUUCAUAGUGUGAAUGGAAUGUGACUAAUGUAAUAGCAUACAGUGCUUUCUGUUGAAUUUCUACUUUAUUCAUAAAAAAAAUAAAAGAUUUUUAAAAAUC